AUGGCCAUCAAGCUGCUCGAUGCCGGAAUACGCGAUAUCGUCAUCAUCGAAAAGAGUGCAGGUUUUGGAGGAACGUGGAAAGAUAACAUAUAUCCAGGAUGUUGCUGCGACAGUCAGUUGAUUCAACCCUUCACGGAGAGUAACCCUCACUGGUCCAGAGCAUAUCCGGAACAGAAAGAAAUCCUUAGUUACAUUCAAGACGUCGCCCAGAAGUAUGGCCUAUACAAAUUCGUGCGCUUCAGCUCAGAAGUCAUCGCCGCUGAAUGGGACUCCGAUUCUCACCAGUGGAGCGUCGGCAUCAAUGUUCUAGCGGGAAAAGAGGCUGAGUUCUGCUCCAAAUACACAAUCAAGGCAAACUUCUUGAUCGCCGGAGUUGGUCAGCUGAACGAGCCAUUCUGGCCCAAAAUCACUGGUCACGAAAGCUUCCAGGGUAAGACUAUGCAUUCUGCUCGCUGGGACUGGAGCUAUGACUUUGCUGGCAAGCGCGUCGGCAUAAUCGGCAAUGGAGCUACCGCUGUUCAGAUCGCACCUGAAGUCGCAAAGGUCGCUUCUCACUUAACCAUCUUUCAACGCUCACCAAAUUGGUUGAUGCCGAGAUUCGAUGCGGAGAUCCCACGAUGGAAGAGAAUUCUAUAUGAUCAUGUGCCUGCGGUUCUCAGUCGGGUACGGGCUGAAAUAAUGAACGCUCGCGAAUCCUACUAUCAAGCUGUCAAUCACGCCGAUUCCUCCGACUCUUCUACCAUGACGGCGAUCUGUAAACAGCACAUGCAGACUCAGCUGCCUGAUCGCCCGGAUCUGUGGGAGAAGUUGACACCAAACUAUCCGCCGGGAUGUAAACGCAUUCUACUUAGCGAUGAUUACUAUCCUACAUUACGACUUCCGCAUGUCACUCUCGAGACACGACACAUCGACAGAAUGACUGAUUCCGGCGUCGUUAUCAAAGAAGGAGCACAAGAGAAAGAGACUGAUCUUGACCUCAUCAUUUUUGCAACCGGAUUUCAAGCCAAGGACUUCCUGCACGGGAUUCACGUACAAGGCGCGGGGGGGCAGACUAUUCGUUCCAAAUGGGCAAACGGUGCAUCUGCUCUUUACGGAGUCACGGUAGAUACGCUGCCAAACUUUGGAAUGCUCUACGGACCGAACACGAAUCUGGGCCAUAACUCCAUCAUCCUCAUGAUUGAAGCUCAAGCCAGAUAUCUCGUCCCAUUAGUCACAAAGGUCUUGAAGAGCAGGGCCCGGGGGGGUAAGCUAUCAGUCGUGCCCAAGGCAUUGAGGGUCCAAGAAUGGAACAAAGACUUGCAGAGCAGUCUAGGAAGUUCGACCUUCGCUGACACGAGGUGCAGUAGUUGGUAUAAGACUGACAGCGGACUUGUCACCAACAAUUGGAGCGGGACUGUGGUGGAGUACCAGGAGCUGCUGUCCAAGGUUGACUGGUCGGACUAUGAAGUCGAGGGAGAUGAGAUGGAGAAUUUUCCGACUGGUAAGGAGCAUAUUGGCCGUGUUGUGGAGGAGACGCUAUUUAGUACUCGGCAACUUGUCUCGGUGACCGCUCUGGCAGGAUUGGCUGCAGCAGUUUCCGUCUAUCAUCAUCGUCGAGGCAAUUUGCUCAAGCACAUUUUGUAG